AAAAUAUAAUAUCAUGUGACAUUACUAAAAUGGCCGUCUGUAACGAAAGUUGCGUGUCGGAUAUAUGUAGUAGCGCUUCUAUGGCGUUAGAACAUUCAUCAAUAUUACAGUUUACUUUGUUUUCUACGGAGAAAUAAAAACAAUCUUAAUAUUACUUGCUACAGAUUGCCUUCGUCAACAAUGAAGACUUCCAAUCAAGUGGCUGUUGCUUCUCAAGCCUUCCCGUUCGGCAACGAACUGAGAGAAAGUGUGCGCCUUCUGUUUAGGUUUUUCUGCAACAACAUCUAUCUUGGACAGUUCGAGUUGGCUCGCGCAUGUGUUCCUUAUUUGGCGCAGCACGGGACCCAUUAUGGGGUCGACAUUGGCCAAAUCCUUAAGCAGAUUGUGGAGUACCCGUAUGGUCGUAGUGUUGGUUCCACUCAACUAAAAUCACCGCACCAUCUCUCCUGGAUAUGUUUGCUGGAGUACCUGAAACUUGAACCUUAUGAACUGAAGCCAUCUGAUGUAGAAACACUGAAACGUGAUGUUGAGUUUCGUAUACUUCUUUCUGAUGCAUCCAGCGCUACUGAUUCAAACACAAUACAGGAGCUGUACAUAUUCCACAAACUCAUACCAAACAGUGAAGAUGAACGGAUGUCAAAUGAUGGAAUUAGUCAGACUUUGUCUCAGAGGACGUGUAACUUCCUCAAGGAACUGCUGCUUACCAAACCAGAACUGGGCAGUGCUAUAAUCAACCACCUGAAAUGCCCAAACAAACCAAACCUCAAACUUCACCAAACAAUGAUGGAACAGGUGUACAUAUCCUGUAUCAACCGGUGUAUUUCAGCUGUGUAUUCCGAAGACUCACUUCUCAGUCAAGUGGAUAAAUGCGAUCAGGUGUACACGAUAUUGUCACUUUUCAAUCCUGACAAUGAGGCAACAGUGCUGAACCUGAAUCAGACAAUUUCUGGCCUUGUUGAUCUCUGCCAAAGAGGAUUGGUUCCUGAGGACCGCAUCCUUUCACUAAUGGCCAGCAAAAAGAAACCAUUUCUCUUGACACAGUUAAGUGAUGAGCUAGCCUCUUCACACAUGAACCAAUUGAUAACCGGUGAUAAAUCCAUCUCAAAACACAGUGAGCUAAAUGAUAACUUGAGGCAACUGCUUACCCUGUCAAAGUGCACAGACCAUUCAUUGAGUUGGUCACAGCUCUAUUUCAAAUGCAUGAAAGACAACCAGCAUUUUUUGGAAAGCUAUGUGGAAGCUGCUAUUAGCCUGAUCAGUUCAGGGAGAUUUGAUGAAUUAAGAGAGCUCUUUGAACCAGAAGAACUGCAGCCUCUGAAAUCUUUGGUACUUCUUGUUGGAUGGCCUUACUGUUACACCUGUGCUAAUGCAACCUGCUUACUAGAGAUCUUGUUGGAAUCUAAGACACCAUGUCAGCACCCAGCAUUGGACAAGGGCUGCCAAAAACUUCAACAUCAGAUAAAUCUGAUUCGCUGGUGUUUGGAAAAAUCCAGAUCCUUGGUCCAUGUUACUGAUGGCAAAGAAACUAACAUCAACCCACAUUGCCAAGCAACAAACAUCUUCCAAGGACUAGUCAACCACUCAAUGCUCUAUGUCCUGCAGCAAGCUACACGCCUCGCUUCUCUCAGAGAACAUGAAGUUUUAGACCUGUUACAGAAGGUUUCUCUCACCAAAACUCCAGCCACUGAUGAAAAGAAAGUAAAAACUGUGAGGUUUGAAGAUCUUGAACAAGACGCUGACUCCGAAGAAGAACCUAUCGGAAUUGAGCAAGAACGAGAUGUUGCUCUCUAUCGCAGUUUCUGCAUCUUAAAGAAUGUGCAGGAUGCCAUUUUGUAUGGAGCCCUGCAUGCCCACUCCAGGCUGAUGAACCCCACAUAUUACAACAUCCAGAGUUCCUCCCACAAUCACAGCUGGAGCAAAGACAGUACACUGAGUGAUGCUAGUGAGAGUGGCAGUCGCCUCUCUUCCGCUGCUGGUGAACGGACUUCAGGCUAUCUACCCGUGUGGAAUUCUGACUUUACUGCUGGUGAUAUCCAACAACUCUACAACAAGAAUGUCUUGCAAAAACUUCAGAAUGCCAAAAACCAUCUGCGACAGCUUUAUCCUCUGGCUUACCGCGUCGAGAUUCUGGAAAAUGUCUUCUCUUUAUUGUUUGUCAGCCACCGAGAACUUCAAGACUCUUUCUUUACUACCGAGACUGAUGACACGGAUGACAGUGAUGAGAAGCAAAGUGUACAUGACAGCAACGAGAACCUGAUGAACAUCAGUAUCCAAUCUGAAGAGGAAUCUGUCUUGUCUGAAAUAACACAUACGUCUGAAGCAAGCCGUGAUAUUGGAUCAUUGCCUCUUGGGGCUGCUGAAAGUAUUGAAUAUGAUGUCCCAUUUGUAGAGUACUCACCUGAAGAAUUACCUAAGAUAGAAGAAAGCAAGACUGAGGUUUCAGAGCCAGUUGUUGAAGUUAAAAAGCCAUUGCCCCAGCGCCAAGAAUCACACAUAAAAGAAGCAGAAAUAAGAAUUUCUCGUUUUAGUAUGGACUUGAAAACUGAAAACCGUAAUUCUAAUACAAAAGUCUCUUCCCAGUUUGGUAAGCCAUUACAAAUUGGUCUUUUGACCAACGAAUACCUUGUACGAGAUAUUCUGGAUUUGUUACAAGAAAGCUUACAGACUUUGAAUGCAACAAAUUUCCAAUUAUCAAACACAACUGUGAUGAAAGAAGAGAAUUUGAAUAUUCUCGACCUUGAGGAGAACCUACCACUCAUUCUGCCAAUGAGCAUCAACCAGUCAUCUCUGAAAAGUCGCAUCUCCAAACUGUCACAAGUUGUCAGUGAAGCCCAGUGGAGGUUUCAGCUUGUCUGCAAUGACCAAAUACCACGAGAGGUCGGUAAGGUCUUGCUGCAUGUGUACAAUCCUUCUGUUGACUCCAUCUGUGAUGAAAGUAUACGUUUUAGUGAUUGUGCCAUGUCAAAGAAAAGCAACAAAAUGUCCAGUUUAUCAGAGAUUUCCCUAACAUCUGGAGAAGAUGGUGAAGUGUGGGAUUCUCCAGGAAUCUGCAGUGAAGGUGCUAGCUAUAUGAAAUCCUCCUCUGCUACUGCAUUGCCUUCAUCAAAGAAAAUAUUAAAGAAACCUCGUUCCCGGUCACGUACACCCAGCAUGUCCUCUGUGGCUUCUGUCAGUCGACGCCUUUCGUCAGGCAUCAUUCAAGACAUGCUUCUUUCCAACCGAGCAUUACUUGUGAAAUGCCUGAAACAAGGAAAGUUCAUUGAAGCCCACCAAGUCAUCAAAUUGUUCAAGAUGGAGGACUCUGCAGAAGUUGCUGAAGUAACUUUCCUAGAAGCCUUCCUCAAAGCUGUGAACCAAAUACAAGCCUACUGCAAGCAGGCCCAUAACCUCUCCUUGUCAGACUUCACAUCUACCUCAAAAGACUCAAUGAAACAACUUGCUAGUGUUGCUGCUGCUGGUGUUGCAACUGCCACUAUUUCUUCAUGUGCUGCUGAAUUGCUCUCCAUCUCUGUAUAUCCUCAUCUUCCCACACCACAGAACAUUGCUAGUUUGGUGCCAAACUAUUCUGCCUUUUUCAGUGCUGAUAAUUUAUCAGCUAUGAUACUCUUUGAUCUAGCAUGCAGUGCCUGCAAGACCUAUGACACAUCUAGCAUGAUUCUGGAGUCUAUCAAAGCACAUAUGCAUGCCAAGAAACGCACCUCAUCUGGUUUGUCGAAUAAGGACAUGAAUUUUGAUUUUAGGCCAUCAAAAGAGUGCAAGAUACUUGGUUUCCCUGGUUUUCUUGACAUGCUUGAGUGGCGUGUGCAACUAUCAGACGAUGUUGAGACCUGUCUUCUGCUUGAAACAUCAAAAGCUCUUGCCAACGUAUUUGCUGACAGUAUCCAAACAAUCUUGACGUCUUCUGAGUUUCCAUUUCUUCCAAAGCGCUGUAAGCAGUACCUGGAAGCAAACAAGACAUUACAGUUAGCAGUGGUGUCGACUUGGGAACAGUUCCUUGUGAACCAAAAGUACUUUGUCAUGAAAAAAAAGAUCUCAUGGAAACACAAGAAUAUCAUUGCUUCUGAAACUGUGAAGAAUUCUGAGGGCCUCUAUUCCAUCUUUGAGAUGCUGCUGAUGACCAUGGAGAAUCAUCGAGAAAACAUUGGAGUUUACAGUUUCUUAACUAGACAAAUCUCAUCUAAUUCUUUGAUAACCAACUACAAAAACUAUUUGUUGAGUUUAUACAAGCACACACAGAUUCUGGCAAACCUGCUCAAUGAUAAUGAACCCAACAGUUCUGAAACUGCUAUUAUGAGGAAUUACUUCAAAGUCUUGGAUGAAGGUCCAGUUAUCACCAUUGGAAAAAUGAUGUUUGGCAAACGAAUACCUCCCCACAAACUCGAGAAAGUUGCUGAAGAGUUAAGCCUUAACCUUACUCAUGUCAUUGUCCACAACUGCUGUCCCAAAAUUCUCAGCAAACAUCAGUCAUCGGGUGAAAUAAAGUUGCCAUGUCAUGAUCUUUCUGGAAAUUCCUUUGGAGGAGUGAUUGUUUUGAACAACAAAGGUGCUUCAACAUCAUCAAAUAAUGCUGAAAAAGAUGUAAGGACAAUACUUACAAAUUUGGUUCACGCUAUGAAAGAUUUGUCCCCAAAACAUAGCGGCAAGACUGGUUUCAAUGCAGAUUGUUUACAAGAGGCAGUGAAGUCAACCCGUAUCAGCAAGACAUUGGACAAAACUGUCAACUUCCGGGAUAUUGAUCUGAGCCAGCUAAAUCAGAUAGAGCUCACCUGUUUUCUAACCAACCUUGUCAAUAUUCUCAUCAUCCACAGUUACAUGUAUAUUGCUAUUCAAGCUGAGCAGCAACAAUGCUGGGACACCUUGAAAGAAAUGCUGCAUGCUGGGAGUCAUUCUGGACUAUGGAGUGACAGCAACAGUAUUGAUCGUAUCAUCUGGCUGAGUCGAUAUGGUUAUCAAGUUGGGCAACUAGGAAUUGUCAGUAUUUUUGAUUUGAGAUACAUUCUCUUGAGAAAUGGACUGCCACGCCCUGGUCUGUUAGGAGGGCUUUUGGAGGAUCGUAUUGAUGCCCUUGAUGUCUGUGACCCAUGGUCUAUGUUCACACCUCGGCCUGACUACAGAAUCACAUUUGUCAUCUCCAGUGGCUACACAUCUUCACCUCCACUGCAGGUAUUAACACCAGAACUGCUGUCUCACCAGUUGGAGAUUGCUGAGAGGUCAUACCUGAGUAAUACAGUUAGUGUUAAUGUCUCCUCAGCUGGACACAGCACAGUAUUGGUUCCUGACCUUCUGUGUGAGUACCAACAUGAUUUCCCCAGCUCUGAGGAAGCCAAAGCCUACUAUAACUCCCCGUGGGAGGAACUAUUGCUGUACAUUAGGGACCAUGCUGAUACUGAACUUGCAACCAAGUUAACUGAUUUUCUUGAAAAUCCCACAACCGAUCGAGAUUCAAGCCUGAAAGUGCUGCCCCAGACUAUUGAUACCAAAUUCUUGUACAUAUUUGAUCCGAGUCAUUUAAAGAAAGUGACGGAGAAGUCAGAAAGAUCCCAUACGGUGAGCUUGAACCAUGAGCAGAACAUUAAGUACAAUGCUUCUUCCUCCAAACUUGAAGCAGACUACUCAAUGUUCAAACUGACCAGCAAUGCCCUGGAAUACAUCAAAUCUGAAUCUCCACUUGUUGCCACAUUGGUCAGUCUUGUGUGCCAUGACGACCUUGAUGGCAACAGCCAGGAGGACAGUCUUGAAGAGGAUGAACAAGCAAAUGAUGACGAGUCCUGGAUGAAGUCCAAAUCUUCAGUAUCCGAUAUAAGCCUGGUUGAUAUCAAAAGCUACCGCUACCAAAAACUGUCCGUUGACUUCCCUGUCCUGAAACAACGCUUGCUGCAAAACAUAAUACCCCUGGUUCAAACAGAACACUCGGAUGUAAAUUUUGGAGAUGAAGCCCUGUUGAAGUUUAUGUCUUCGGAAAUUUCCUGUGAUAUCAAAAUGGCCAUUCUUAGCUUGCCAGACAGCAAGAAAUACUUAUCGGUGGUUUCUCGUUUACUCAAUGAAUGCAUACAUUCCAGAAAAUGGCUGCAAGCGUUGAACAUCAUAGACAGUCUACCGGUGACUCUGAAACAAGAGAAUGGUGAUUUCAUCCUGCUCCAUGAUUUCGUUCUAUGUUGCCUUGCCAAAAAAGCGUGUGAUGAAGAAGACAAAAAACUAGAGGCUUAUGCCAAGAUGUUCUACAAUAGUGAAAUCCAAGUGCGGACCAUUUUGAAUAUUGUAAGGGGCCUUCCGUUGAAGAAAGGGAUUGAACUUUUGGAGGCGUGUCUUUCCAAAGAACUUUCUGUACAACUUCGUUCAGCUGUGAUUUCCAAAUUAAAGCAACUCAAGAUAUUUUGUAAGGUCUCAGAGUGUGUUUCCACUCUAGAAAAGCGGACCUCUUUUGACUGCGCAGGAAUUGCUCCAUAUGAGAAGGAAAAUGAACUUUCUGGUAUGUUGCAAUGUCUUCAUUGCUGGACUGACAUUCCAUCACUGUCAACUUCGAACCCUCCCAGCGUCCUCUCUGUCAUACUUGAGGCUGAAGACUUUGACACAGCUCGAGAGUGGGCAGACUACUUCUCUGUUGACUUGCGAUUGCUUGAGUGUAUAGAGAUGAAAGAAAUCAUGUUCUUUCUCAGUCACGGACCUUCUGAUCCCAAGGAAGCAUUCAUGGCUUUAGAGAAAAUGCAGGCAGAAGAUGAGUGCAAGUGUCUGAGAAUUUGUAAUAGUCUUAUGGAAUCUCUGAAUCGACAGCAAGACAUUUUAUUCAUUGCAAGCUACAUGCUGAACUACCUUGAAUCCAACCUGGACCCACAGAGACAAGAACAGUUACGCCUUACCUGUAUCGGAGCCAAGGCUUUGCUGUGUCUUCCCAACUCUAUUAGGGGUGAAUAUCGGCACUUGGUAUCAGCCCCACAACUCCUGUUGGAGCAGCUGCUAAUGAACAUGAAGGCCGACCUUGCAGGACAAGUGUUUUCCAAGAUACAAAAUGACUUCCGACGCAUUCAGGAUAGCAGUCAGUGUUUCUCUAUUGAAAAUUUUGAUGACCUUGUUGCAAAAUAUGCCACUAAAGCUCUUGAAUUUCCUAUAGUCCAAGUUCUAAUUCAAGGGAAGGAUAGAAGCCAGUCCCGAUUGUCUUUGAUGUCAGACCGUCAGGACUUGGAUAGUGUUAGUGUGGCAUCAAAGAACCAACAGUCAGAAACUGGAAGCACACGGAUGCGGAGACGAGGAUCCGAUACAUCCUUGAACCGGUCUCCUGGAAAAAACAUAGACAAUCAUCAACACAGGUCUGUUGGUACUACAGGCAGCAAGUACCUUUCUCUCAACUUGGGCACUGGCAGUAAAUUCCAAAUGCCACAAGAGCCACCUCACAAAGACCAGUGGGUUCCAGAUUCUGCAACUGCUGUGUGUAUGGUUUGUCGAGUUGAGCGAUUCAGCAUGUUUAAUCGACGUCACCAUUGCCGUAGAUGUGGUCGACUUGUUUGCAGAGGAUGUUCCGGUAGAACCACCCUCAUCUUUGGCAUGGUAGCCCGUACUUGCGAUGAUUGUUUUGAACAGAUAUCACGAACAAGUAUGAAAGAUGAAAAUGACAGGACUCCCUAUCGUCCCAAAGAUACUCAGUCACGAGGUAGCGAUGAGCUCCUGAACUAUAGUCCAAGUUUAACCUCAUUUGCUCCCAAAGACCAUUUCAGCUUUUAUGACCUGGCCGGUGCCAUCCGUCAAACAGAACAUCCUUGGAAACUGAAGCUUGACCCUGACUACAACAGCGAUCUUCUGGAAGAAUUUUACUAUGAACAGGCACCGAGUGCAUCCUUGUGCAUUUCCAUACUCAACGUGCACAGUGAUCCUCGAAAAUGCGGAGAGCUGAUUCUGAAGCUUUGUGACGACCUUUCCAAACUGCUGAAACCCAUCUCACCUGGAAUGGCAAAUAGUGAAAUAGACUACAGCCUAGUCAUUAGCAUGAUGAGACAUCUGUUGUUCCAUGCAAAGGUGCGGUUUACCAGGUGCAUGGAAAAUCGCUUGAUGAUUUUGUGCGACCAAUACUCAACUCUUGUUGAUUUGCUAAAGGUACUACUUGCCUCCAACUACCCUGACCUUCCAUCCAUACAGGAACUCACGAAGAGUGAAUCAGUGACACGCUUGCGAGAUAAACUUAUUGAAGUAGAGCGCUUGCCGCUUGCUAUGGAAGUUUCCACAAAAUGUGGUCUUGAUGCCACAGGUGUGUGGGCUGCGUGGGGACGAGCCUGCCUUCGCUUCCGCAAUUAUCCUUUGGCACGAGAAAAAUUUGCUCGCUGUUUAAAGCCACCACGAGACCGCAACCUAACCCAACAUUCAAAUGCAUUGCUAAUGGAAGUUGUGGAAUGUUUGGAGUCAAUGCCUAACAGAGAAAGCACUGAGGUCUCUGUGAAAGAUUUCAGUCUUUCAAAAAGCGAUCAACAUGGCUUUAUUAAUGAGUCGAUUAGUCGGGUAAGACUUUCUCUCGCAUAUGGUUUGAAAUUGUCGUAUAUGUUACUUCUAAUUCAGAAUCAAGCUCUCAAACAAUUGUGCGUGGAUUGGCUUCGACUAAGGCUCUUAGUUGAUCGUUAUCAACAUCCAAUGGACAACCACUAUGCUUAUCAUCUUCAAGACUCUCAUCACCACUGUACGUUCAUUAUUGGUUCCUGGGCCAAACACAUCGCUGAUAUUCAAAGUAGUCCGGAGGUGUUUGAAGAAAGUUUGCUGAUUCCUGCCCUGAAGUCUGGCAACCUGCGUACCUUGCUUGACAAGAUGCUCGUCAUAGACACGACCCUGGAGAAAUGGAAUGCUUAUUUUACCAGUGCCUGUCGCUAUCUUCUGAACCAUAAGCUAUAUCAUGUCCUUUAUGAAGUUCAGCUUUUCAUGAAGGAUUUCAUUCGAGCUUCAAUGACAUGUACUCGAUACUUCUACUUAGGAUCUGGACAGAGUUAUGGAGACUUGGCUUCAGGCAUAAAUUGCCUCUAUGAAGCUGAGAAGCACCUACACUCUUAUCUUGAACCGUCCCAAUGGGGAAAUGUGCCAAAACCACAUUUCUUGGCCAAUUUAUCCCCUGGUGCUACACCACAAAAGAGUUCAUCAUUGAUGUCCACUGAGAUGGAAGAGACGGCUGUUCGACUGAUCAAAGUACCGUCCGAAGUGCAAAAGCAAAUUCUUCGAAUCAGAUUGCAAAUUGAAGUGACCAAGUUCUUGGAAGCCUGUCUGAACAAAGCUGAUAAUUCUGCUGCCAAUGUUGCUGCCAGCUACUUGGCAUCCCACAAAUAUGGGGCACCAACACUUUUUGGAAAUGCUCAGAUCCGCAUGGACUUGGUCACAAUGAUAUUGCUGAGCUGUGAUGGUUCAGAGGAAGACCGAAAAGAAGGUUAUGACAUAGUAUUGAGAAUAAUCAAGGAAUACAGGUUGGACAAGAAGACAACCUUCUGCCAUGUCGGUCGAGGCCUAGUCAAGCUUCAUCGCUACAAUGACAUUAAGUUCUUGGUCAACUGGAUCGCUGUCAAUAAACUAGGAGACAGCAGGAUGUGUGAUGCUGUCAUCGAUGCUUGCUUGAUAGGCAUUGCAGACAAGAGGCACACAUUUACUGAGACCCAACUGAAGGAGUCUGGAAGUCUUAUUGACUAUAUCAAAGCUGAUUCUAAUAAAAUCAAUGCAUAUAUCCUGUUGGGGAAACUGAAGACUGCAUAUCUUUUGGCUGUGAAAAGCAACAACACUGAAGAAAUUCGCCGUAUCGGACGAGAAGCCAGUCGAGUGGGCCAGAUGUCUGUGAAAAAUAUCUGUGAUCGUUAUCUGCUUCAACAGAAACCUUAACUCAACUAAACAUUAGGGUGUGUUUUGUUUGUUUUGAAUUAUGUUUUUUUCACUUCUCUGCCACCGCAUUAAGAUAACAACUGAUAGCCUGCCCAUUCAAACUGCCACAGGAGUAAGAUUGGAUAUAUCACUGAUCAAAUUCAAAGCCCAGCAAUACAUACAUGCAUACACACACACAUUCAUACACACACGUGUGUGGAUGUGUUUUUUUUUCAUUUUGUCUUGUGCAAAAAGAAUUAUUUCAGUUUCAUUUAUUAAAAUGACUAUUCUAUUAACUGCUAGAAUGUAUAUAUCUAAUGUUUGCUUUCAAAUGAAAUUGAAAAAAGAAAAUAACAAUGAUAUAUAAAUUUAAAGAAUAUUUAUAACUGUGUGUGUGUGUGUGUGUAUGCACAUACAAAUGCAUAUAUAAUUUUACAUGAAUAUUUUGGUAAAAUUUGGGAAUGGGGAUAAAUUUUGCAAUGGAGAGAGUGAGUGGCAGAAUCAAAAGAGCGUCAGAGUAAAUGCCUUAUGAUAAUUAGUUGCAUCUCUUUAUGUCCUCUGACUAAAUCUCUCUGGGUGGUUCUACUACCAAAAGUAAAUUGUUAGCAAGACCAAGUCUGGGAUUCCUGUCUGGUUUGGUGUAGGAAAGAGGCAUGUCUGUUAUCAAAGUUAAUGUGAGGCUCAGUGUGGCCAAAUUGAAUUAAUAAUGUUGUCUUUAUAUCAGCCACACUUAGCCAGUUUGAAUAUGAAAGAUUAAAACUUCACAAAUAUGAAAUGAAAUGAAAAGAAAGAAGGAAAGAUUGACUAUUACCAUUUUCUUUUUCUUUUUCAUCUUGCUAUUUUUAUAUCUGAAAUAAUUUAAGUAUUAAUUUUUGGUUGCUCAAUUUUUAUUUUUUUAUCCAAGAAAGAAAUUAUUUCCUGAAAAUUAUAAAAUAAUUGUGAUGUUAAAGUAACCAAAAAGAAAUUUGAAAAAAAAAAAAUAAUAAUAGAGAAAAAAAGGCUUUUGAAUAAAAAUGUAAAAGGAAAAUUAAUCACAAUUCUAGUAAUAUAACAAAAGAAAAAUGUUGUGAUCAAUGCUUAAGUUUUAUGAAGAAGUCUACAAAGAAAAUUUCAAAGAAUUUAUACUAAGUUCUUUGGUUUAAUAUUUCAGCGCAUCAACUCCAUACAAUUAGAGACUUUGUAUAGCA